CUUGUCUUGGUGCGACCGUGUGAGAGACAAUGGCGGAAGGGGACAACAGGAGUGCCAAUCAGCUGGCUUCAGAGACUGCCAGCCUCGAGGAGCAUUUUCAAGGAUGGGGUGAAGUAAUCCUGGUCUCUGAUCGUGUUCUUCGUUGGGAGAGACCAUGGUUCCCAGCAGCAAUUAUGGGAGCUGUUUCUUUACUAUUUCUGAUGAUCUAUUAUAUGGAUCCGUCUGUCCUUUCUGGAGUAUCCUGCUUUGUCAUGUGCCUGUGUUUGGCUGAUUAUCUUGUUCCAACACUUGCUCCCAGGAUCUUCGGCUCAAACCAAUGGACCACUGAGCAGCAACAAAGAUUCCAUGAGAUUUGCAGCAACCUUGUAAAAACACGAAGGCGAAUCGUUGGUUGGUGGAAACGUUUGUUUGUCCUGAAGGAGGAAAAACCCAAAAUGUACUUUAUGUCCAUGAUAAGUGCGCUUGCUGUGGUUGCAUGGAUUGGGCAGCAGGUUCAUAACCUAUUGCUCACAUAUCUUAUUGUGAGCUUUCUGCUCUUGCUUCCUGGCCUCAACAAACACGGCAUAAUCACAAAGUAUGUUGGAAUGGGAAAGCGAGAAAUAAACAAAUUGCUCAAGCAAAAAGAAAAGAAGAAUGAAUGAGAAGAUUUGCUCAGUUCAGAAUGGAAGCUUCAGUGGGAUCAUUUUUUUUGUCUCCUUUAUUUGUGUAUUGGAAGGAGAAAAGUCAGACUUUCCCAGUAACUACCAAUGCUGUAUCGUUUUUUUUUUUAAACUGGUUGCACUGAAACUUUUCAUGUUUCCUUAGUGUACAGUGUCAAGAUUCCUUGAAGAGUAUUUAAAAAAAAAAAAAACUGCUGUAACAAUGGUCUGUCAAAUGUCAUGAAUGCAAGAACCCCUCUUCCUCAUACUACUUUUUAUUUGUCAUUUAUUUGUAAAUAUAAUUUCCCUGUCUCCAUGUAAUUCUCUUGUUUUUGGUUGUUGUCUUCCUGUUGUGAAUUAAUGUAAUAAACUUAGGUUAUUUAAGUAUUUA